CAGGAAGACUUCGCUAGGUAACCAUCUAAUGUUGAUACUAAAAACUAAAUUUAAACUAAAAAUCUAAAUCUAAACUAAAACUUAAAUUUAAAGAUCUACGACCAUUACUUAAAAACACCGGUCAUUGUUAUUAGGCUUUAGCAGAAAUGGCAGAGGCUAUACUCGGAGAUCAAGACCAGUACAGCUGCUCAAUAUGUUUGGACUUAUUGAAGGAUCCCGUGACAAUUCCGUGCGGACAUAGUUACUGCAUGAGCUGUAUCAAUGAGUGCUGGAGUACGAAUGAUCAGGAAGGGAUCUAUAGAUGUCCACAAUGCAGACAGACCUUCGAUUCAAAGCCUCCGCUCAACAGAAGUACAGUGCUUGCUGAAAUAAUGGAGAAACUGGGGAGCACAGGGCUGUCGGAGUCUGCUCAAUGUCUUGCUGGACCUGGAGAGAUUGCGUGUGAUUUCUGUUCCGGAGAGAGGAUCAAAGCUGUCAAGUCUUGUCUGGAGUGUAGAGCUUCUUAUUGUGAAAUACAUGUACAGCCCCACUAUAAUGUUCCUGCCCUGAAGAAACACAAGCUGGUGAAAGCUGCAGUCAUUCCAGUGUGCCCCAAACACGACAAGCUCCUCGAGGUUUACUGUCGAACCGACCACAAAUGUGUCUGCAUGCACUGUUUACUGGAUGACCACAAGGGCCACGACACCGUACCGUCUACAACAGAGCGCAACGAGAAACAGACAAAACUCACACAGUCUCAGACAAAAGUCAAGCAGACAGUUCAGGCAAAAGAACAAGAGCUGCAGAUGAUGAAAAUAGACAUCGCGUCUCAUUCAGAUUCUGCAAAGAAGGCAGUGGAGAACAGUAAAAAAAUGUUUAGUGAAUUAGUGAAACUUAUUGAGAAAAAAAGCAAUGAGGUGAUUGAAGAAAUAAAAGCUCAGGAAAAGGCUGAUCUGGAUCAAGGCACGAAGCUACAAAAGAAGUUGGAGGAGGACAUUACUGAGCUAAAGAAGAGAGAUAGAGUUCUAGACGAUCUUCUACAGGCAGACGACAUCCAGUUUCUUCAGAAUUAUGAGUCUGUGUCCUCUUCCUCUGGGCCUGAUGGCUUCCAAAAGCAUUCUUUUAAGCCUUGCUGCUCUUAUCCGGAUAUAAACAAACGUGUUUGUGAACUUAAAGAGCGACUAGAGGCUAUUUUAAACCUGAAAAUAAAUGAAACCUUUCAAAAAGUUUCAGAUCUGUCCAUAAAGGACCAUCCAGACUGCAUUAAGGUUGGAGACAAAGUCAGAGUGAAACCUUCAAUUAAAACCCCAAAAUUUGAUUGGGGUACAGUCACGCAUAAGAGCGUGGGUGUGGUAAAAGAUAUUAAAAGCGAUCAGAGUCUGAUCAUUGACUUUCCUGAAAGUACAAGCUGGAAAGGACUUCUUUCGGAAAUGGAGCCAGUACCUGAUGACAAUGAGUGUGGAUCUUCAACUCUCAAUUGCAAUAUUAAAAAAGGAGACAAGGUCCGUGUGAAGCCCUCUGUUGAAACUCCAAAAUAUCUGUGGGGUUCAGUCAGCCACGGGAGCAUUGGCAGUGUCAUAAAUGUGCAGGGAGAAGCGGUGACCGUAGAUUUCCCUGAGCAGCAAGGGUGGAUUGGUGAGGUUUCUGAAAUGGAGCUUGUCCCUGCUUUAGGGUCCCAAACUCAUGCCCGUUUAAAGAUAGGAAACAGAGUCAGUGUGAAGUCUUCAGUGAAAGAUCCAAUACACGGAUGGGGAUCAAUUACUCACGACAGCAUCGGUGUCAUUAAAAGAAUUCAGGGUGAGUCUUUGACUGUGGAUUUCCCUGAGCAAACAGACUGGACUGGUGUCGUUUCUGAAAUGGUUCUCAUACAGAGUGAUGUUUCAGAAGUACUCAUCUUAAGGUCUGGAGCAAGAGUCCGCGUUAAACCCACCAUCAGCACUCCAGCUCAUGGCUGGGGAAGUGUCACCAAGAAGAGCAUUGGAGUGGUUGUAGCUAUAAAUGGAAUCAAAGUGACUGUGAACUUCCCGGAGCAGUCUGGCUGGACAGGCAUUGUCUCAGAGAUGGAGGUUGUACCUUAACGAUGAUACGCAUCAUCCAGGAAAUGUUCACUGCAUUUACACUGUGUAAGGGCAUAUAUAAAGGUUUGGGGUAAUGAAGAAACACAAAUCAAUAAUUCCCACAAUGACCUGACCACUACUUCUCAUUUUAGCUGUGAAACUUACUUUACUUACUUACAUUAGGGGAUGAUAACAAUGUAUUUUUCCACUCCUGUAGGUUUUAAAGAAAUAAAACUUUCAUGUCCUGUUUGUCA